CCUUCAGCUGCUAUUUAGCUCAGUUAAAAAUUUUGCAUUUAGCACAACAUUUUGAAGAGGCAGGACACAGCUAAUAAGGACCUUUCUUUACGUGCGAUUUGAUUCUAUACGCUCCUUCUUCUUUUUCUACAGAAUACCUAUUGAAAUCUGACAAGAUGGAUUUGCGAUUUUUAUAUUUUGCUUCUUCUCUGAUGCUUGUCUUGGUGACAUGUUCAGCCCAGACUGGUAUAACUGGUACAACUGGACCUCCUGGUACAGAAAUUGCUACCGAUGUCAUGACGACGACAGUCAUGGAACCUGACACCAAUGCUGCCAACAACACCACCACCAAAGCACCCAGUACCGAAGCACCUACCAAAGCACUAUCUACCAAGACACCUGUUACUGAUGCUCCCACGACGAAGAAAAUGACAGAGAGUCCUGCUGUUGGUACCACUGAGAAGGCAGCGGAUGGUGGUAACAGCAAAGGUUUCAGUGCCGGUAGUUUCUUUGGCGGUAUCAUCCUGGCUGUAGCCGUUCUUGGUAUUGGAUUUUGUGGAUUCAAAUUUUACCAGUCAAGGCAAGAUAAGAAUUACCAAACACUAUAGAAAAAACAAAAUCUACCUUUGUCUUAUCUCAUUAAUUUCUUUAGAUAUUUUGUAAUUUGUAACAACUGGGUGGGGGUGGGGGGGGGGUGAUAAUGUGUUAUUUGUUUGGGUAUGUUAUAUUCAUUAUUGAUUUAUUGUUGGUUAAAACUCUUUAUAUCAAAGUUUGUGAUUUUGUGAAUCAGAUACUCAGAAAGAUAUUUUUGAUGGCAUUUUGUGGUCAAGUUCAUAUAUCGUUUGUCCACUGAUUGUUUGAUGAUGAUUGCCUUUUCAUAAUUUUAGUGUUAACAAUUUAAAACUGGAUUUGAUGAAUCACAUCACAUCUAAAAUAUUGUUUACAUAACGAUAUAGAAAUUAAUGGCCACUAGAAAAGAAAAAUAGUGAUGUUUCUUUUUGAUGUUGUAGGUUACAGUGGACUUUUAGGGACAUGUUGAAAGUAGGAAAGAAGAUGUACAUGUAUGAGGUUAGCUUUAAUUCACAUGCUGGAAUAGUUAAUGAUAGAAACCGUUUCCCUCUAUUUUUUAAACCUUAAUCCGUUGGAUACAAUCUGAUUAAGUAUAACAGGGAUUCACCAUGGACUCCAGCCCACUAUCUUGGAGUAAUAACCCAUCAGGUCAGUCUAUACAUGAUUCUAAUGGAUUGUAAUAAUACAUGGAUCCUUCAAAGUGCUGGAAUUUUAUAUAUUUCCUCCAGUACCUGUCCGUUUUUAUACCACCUACAUGUACAGUCAAACCUGUCUGCAGCAACCGCCCAAGGGAAACACAAAAAGUGGUCUUUGUAGACAGGUUCUUUUAGUACAUGUUUCAAUGAGAAACCAUUUUCAAGGGAAACACAAAAUGUGGUCCUUGUAGAGAGGUGGUUACUUAAGCAGGUUUGACUGUACUUACUAAAUCAGGUCAGUUCAGUCUGUAUUUUCAUUUCCAAUAAUAAACAACAUAGAUGAAAUAUAUAAACAACUGAGCAUCAUCAUGAGAAAACAUUGCAGAGCAGUUAGACAAAACAAAUGAUGAGAAUUGAAGGUUUAACAAAAACAUGCAGAUACUGUAUAGUAUGUUAACCCCAACAUUAACAUUACAUACAUAAUUAUAACAAACAAACAAACAGACAGACAAACCAUUAAAGUAAGGAAAGAAACAUGCUAUGUAUAACAUAAAUGCUUGACAAUAUGAGGCUUGUACAAGUACAUGUAUAGCUAUCAGUAUACAUGUAUAUGUAUGAUAGAACCUUCAGAUGGCCUCAUUUUGUAAUUGAAAGGUGUCCCUCUCAAAAAACAAACAAUUGGAAAUCAAUCAAAUCAUCGCACGUCUGCUUUUCAGCACACAGUAGAACAAAUAUGUUUUGCAGUCUUUACCAUCAACAGAUGUCCGCUCUCCUACCACUAGAUAGCACAAAGUGAUUCAAUUCAAUAGAAUAAUUUCAUUGAUUUGAAGUAAAAUCUUUGUUUCUGCUGAUUAUGUGAUAGUUAGUGAUAUCUGGCUGUAGAAGGAUGAUCUAAUUUGUGGAGAAAGUGUAAAAGUGGGUUAUGUAUUUUAGUUCAAAUCAAUAUUUAAAAGUAGGCUCAGUAUAUUUUUAUCACUUUUUAUUCAUUUUUAUGGAGUAAUAUGAAUGGUAUAUAUAUAUCACUUGUAUAUCAUGUUAUGGGCCAUAUGGUACUUGUUAAAGAGAGCAAUCACAGACGAAUAUAAGUAUAUGUACUUUCCAUUUUUCAUGAUUUCUCAAUAUAUAUGAACCAUUCACAGUGUAACCCUAAUUUCAUGAAAUUGAAAUGCAUGUACGGUAGUUAAAGGGGACAUGAAGACUUCCAUUUGGAAGAAGAAAUAGUAUUUGAAAUAAAAAAGUAAUUAUUUAUUUUUAAAUAUAUGUACAUGUAUAUUUCAAUUGAAAUGUAAUUGAUUAAGAAUGUAUCUACAUGUAACUGGAAAAAAAAAUCACUUAAAGAUAUUGUACUUACCGGUAUAUAUAAAUUAUUUUGUACUUAAUUCUAAUAUGAAAGAAUUGAGGACUUAUCAAUCCAUUUGAAUAGAAUUAAGUUCUUAGUGGAUUGAAACUAGUAGUACUCAUCCUAUAUUGUUCUCAUAAUUACAGUCUGCUAUUUAUAUCCUGUAUCAAAGUAUCCAUUACCCUUUCCUCUGAUAUCCUAUGCCUUAUGUAGGACUUAAGAUAUUAGAAAGGAUCUGUCCUAGAGUAUAUUGAAAGAUUCCCAGAUUCCUGAUUGUUGGCACUGACACUAGUUAAAAUCACGUUUAAUUUUGAAGUUAAAGGGAGACAGUGGUUGGAUCAAGUUGUUUUCACCGUUUUCUUUUUCCACGGCUGAAGCAGUUCUAACUUUUUACAUCAGUACAUAAUUUAAUACUGAUUAAUUAAUCACAUUGUAUGUUUUGUGUCUGUUUCAUUGACAAAAUGAUUGUGAUCCAUAUACAGUAGUCCUUCAAAAACAAAUUGUUGAGUUUUGUUGCAUAGUGCGUGAGGUGAAUCUUUUUCCAUUGUAGAGAAGACAUCUAUGAAGAACUGUAUCGGUGGCUGUUGCAAUGGCAUUUCUAAAUUCAAAAUACGUAAAUAUACUUACCAUUUUUAAAGAAAGGAAUAUAGGUAAUGGCUGUACAGAUGGUACAGUAGAUUUUUUUAAUUGUGCCUUUUACACGCUCCAACCAGCUUCUGUAACAGCUGUGUACAAAUAAAUCUAUUGUAUCACAAUCACAGAAGAGGUUUUUUUGUAGACAGAUGUUCGAUAACGAUGAAUGCCAAAUAGUUGACAGAUUUGGGGCGGUUAGUUUCAACUCUUCUUUAUAGAGUCCCUUAUCUGUGUGAAAAUCUCCUAAAGAUGUUGUAAGUCCUACAGCAUGUUUCAAACCAAUGCCUUUAUGUGUACUUAUAUACCAUGUACAACAGAUUUCAUCUAAAGCAAUAAUGAUUGGCUAGUCUCAGUGUGUAUUCCAGAUUGCUUAGGAAAGCAAAUUUAUGUUGUACUUUUGAGAGGAUAAUAUAGAUCAAACAUACUUUGUUAGGCUCUUAUUUAGUAUGACUGUCUAUGUAUUUAAGUAUGAAAGUGAUACUGUAAUAGAGACAAAAGCUUUCUAAAGGCCAAUACAACUGAAUACACUAGCAACAGCGUAGCUGCAAAUGUCUUUUUGUUGUACGGGUUCGACAUACAUGUAGAUGGCGCUGUUUCAGAUAACAUAGAUUAAUAGACGUGAACCCUUAACAUAGAGAGCAAAAUAUUGUAUGAUCUGGCUCCCAACAGACUAAAUUGAUAUGAAUGUACAACAUUGUGUUAAUAUGUUUAAAAGAAAACAAAUUGUUAGGCUUAGCAGUUGGAUUUAUAUGUAUAUUUAGUUUCUAUCAUUUUAUAAUUCAGAUAUUAGAGAGAGAGCAAACUACAUGUUUGGUAUUUUUAUUGUGUUUUCUUGUCUUUUAACAGUUUUUUAAAGCAGUGGAAUUGAUUUGUUAGGGUAGUCAAGUGUUGGAAAAUAGUUCAGAUUGAUAGUUUCUCAUCAGCUUUUGGGGUUAUUUCACUCUCCGAAAAAAAUAGUGGUAGUUCCGUCAAAGUGCCGGGGAGCUUCCAUGUCAUGAAUCAUACUCUAGCUAGAAUUCAAAUCCAAAUUAUAUCAACUAGCAGAGAAUAGUAUCCUCUAAUUUAUUUUCUUUAUUUUCAAAAAAUUGUAAUUAGAGAUGAUUAGAAAAAAAUUGGGGGCUUGGCAUAAUUCAUUUUUUAACAUUUAAAGUGAGAAAUUUGUUCAUCAACUGCUUAAUAGGGGAGAACUUUUACUCCUGGCUUUCAGUGAGUAAAGUUAAGUGUGUAGAUUUCGGAAGUAGGCAUUCAUAGCUGCAUGCACAGUGCUCAAAAAACCAAAGUAUUAAUGACUCAGAUUUUGUAAAAAAAAUAUAUUAUAUAUAGUAUUUAAACUGUUCAUGUGUUGUUGGCAGUUUUAUAGAACAUUAUGUGUCAGUCUUUUUAUCUUUUUAGUGCAAUUGGGGUAGUUGAGUUAAUAAGCAAUUUAAUAUUUGGUAACAUGAUUGUCCAAAUCUUGCAAAAGGAUUUUUGUCCACAAAUGUGCUAUGACGAAAAACAAGUAAUAUAAUUGCCAUUUCAGCAUGAUUUAUAGUUUAUAUUACAUGUUAUUUCUCAUAGUAAUCACUUGAUGAAAUGAUGUUUAUCUUCUGAACAUCUUGCUCUUUCUUCUAGUUCAUUUCCAUUCUUUCAUUCUCCCUCCUCCCUCUCUCCCUUUCUGUAUCUCUUCCUCUCUAUCUCUAUCUCUCUCAUCUCUACCCCUCCCCCCCCCCCUCUCUCUCUCUCUCUCUCUCUUCAUCGCCUGUCCCUUCCUUUACUCAUUCACUUUUUAUGUCCAUUUUCUCCUUUUUUCCAGUCUGAGGAUUUUAAAAUGUGCCAUAUUUCAAAUCAAACUAUUGAAUGUUGAUAAUUCAAGGUAGCUGUAAAACAGGCUCAAGUGUAAUAAAUAUGUCUAUCUAGUUCAUUGAUUUAUGUACCAGUGAGUGAUGUUACCAGUAAUAAAAGAGAUUUAUUAGGCUUUUUAAGAUUUUAUCACCUCUUCCAAAUUGCCUUAAAUUAAUUCCAUUAUAAACACACUGAAUAUACAAUGUAUUUAUAUCGUAAUAGGAUUAAUCUAAAGCAUUUCUAGUUUUUAAGAUAUUUAAUCUUAUGGGUUAUCAGCUAUUUUAAACCACACAUGUACUGCACAAUCAAGAAAUAGAAAAGCCAGAGAAUAGUGAAUGUAUUGUUCAGCUCAUACUAAAAGAUUUUGCUGCUGCUGGAAAACACAUUAUUUAAACAAAAGUACAAUAUUGCGUUUGAAGUCAUACUGUAUGUAUUGAACAUUCAUGUGAAUGUAUCUCAAAAUAAAAUUCACUAGUGGCAAUCAUAUAUAUGCUAUGAACAGUUUUCUUCUUAACAUUGUUUUUGUAAAAUUAUUAAGUUUCAUUUGACAUUUGAUGAUGAAAUUUGUUAUAUGAACGAUAAGACCUCUUACCUCUGAACAUUGAGAAGUAUUUGUAGCUCUUAACAGGUUAAACAAAUUAUUCUUGUUUUCAUUAUGACUAUUCUCUGGCUUUCAAUAUCGUUAUAAAAUUUAAGGCAUUCUGUUGACAAUGGACAAAAGUCUUUUUCAAUUCUGAUCCUAAAACUCUUAGUAAAUAUCUGUCAUUAUUUCGCUCUACGAUUUGUGAUAAAGUCUAUCACAUUUCAUGUACUUACAAUCGUUCUUACAUGCAUAGUGUUUAGUGUUCUCGUUUAUUUAUAUAUGUUGGUACCGGUAGAUUUGUUUUGGUCUUAUAUUUUGAUAAUAGUAAAUUUACUCCGUGCUGUUGAAACAUUUUGCAAUAUUUAUUGUCUCACGUUUUCAUUCCUUCUAUGUAUACAAGAUUAGAUAUUUAGAGUUGGAUUAUAUUUGCUGACAAAUAAAGUCACAAUUACAAAAAAAAA